AUGCUGGAAAUAUUUAUUCAUUCUUUCCACAGUAAUUUUUGCAGAAACCAAAUGCUAAAUCAAACAGCUGUGACUGAAUUCAUCCUUCAAGGGUUUUCUGAUGAUCGAGACUUCCAGAUUUUACACUUUGUGCUGUUUUUCUCCCUUUAUUUAGUAACUAUGGUGGGGAACACCCUCAUCAUCAUAACUGUAGCCCAGAGUAAUAAUCUUCACAACCCCAUGUAUUUUUUUCUGGCUGUUCUCUCCUCUGUUGAUUUCUGCUUCAUUUCAACCACUGUUCCCAAAUCUAUGGUCAGUUCCUUGAUGAAUGACAAUGUGAUCUCAUUUGCUGGAUGCAUCACUCAGGUUUUCCUUGUCGUCUCUUGUGCUACUGCAGAGACUUUCUUGCUCACUAUCAUGGCAUGUGACCGCUAUGUUGCAAUAUGUCAUCCUCUGCAAUAUAAACUAAUCAUGAAUUGGAAUGUCUGUCUCCACAUUACAAUAAUUGCUUUGGUGUGUGGUGUCAUUACUGGAGUAGGGCAUGCUGCAAACACCUUCAGGUUAGAUUUUUGCUCAUCCAAUAUUGUUGAGCAGUAUUUUUGUGAUAUUCCUCAGUUGUUAAGGUUAUCUUGCACCACUACAGAGACCAAUGAGAAUAUUACAUUUGGCUUGGUAUUAAGUGUAGGUUCAUUUUGCUUUAUGUUUGUAUCUAUUUCUUAUUGUUUUAUCUUCUCAACAGUGUUCAAGAUUAAGUCCACUCAGGGGCAGUAUAAAGUUUUCUCCACUUGCAUCCCUCAUUUGACUGUGUUCUGCUUGUUUGUUUGUACUGUCAUGUUUUCAUACAUGAGACCAAAAGCCUUGUCCUCACCUUCUCUGGACUUGCUUGCUGCUGUUUUGUACACAAUUUUACCUCCACUAAUGAACCCCAUCAUUUAUAGUUUGAGGAACACAGAAAUUAAAAUGUCUUUAUGUAAGAUGGGAAAGAAAUACUUCAGAUUUCAUAUACUGACCUGA